AUGAGACUGCUGCGUCUAUUAGUAUCCUCCCUCCUUGGACCUUUGCUACUGCUCAUCCCCCCGUGUUUGGGAUCCGAUGACGAGCUGGGGGGCGAGAAAGCGGUGCUCGACAACCACUUGUUUUCGUACAACAUUUCGCAUCGUCAGAGUGUCUGCCACCGUUAUCUGGAAUGGCGCGACGGAAAGAGGGAAUUGAAGGACGCCUUGUCGGGGUUGGAAUUGCGUCCUCUGAUGGCCAUGGGAGACUUUUUCAGCUAUUCGGAUGAAAAUGGGAUUAACCGGGAAGAGCCCGGCCUCAUGGCCGAAUUGAUGGAUGCCUUGGGGGAGAGUGCCAACUUUACGUGGAGGUCUUCUUUUGGGGUGAUGGAACAACCAGAAGACUUGAACAAGACGUGGACGGAGUUGUUACUAUGGGGGAUUGAGACCUACGAUAUUGCCGUGAAUUGGUGGGAUCAGUCCGUCGAGAGAAUGGAAGCUGGAGCGGCCUAUGUGGAGCCGUGGUUCGACGGUUCGGUCAUUCUCGUGGACGAAGAGGAUCCACCCGUGGCCGAUGACAGCAUUGAUCUACUCAACUGGCUCAAACCCUACGAGACAUCCGUUUGGUGUAUGAUAUUGCUCACCAUCGUUCUGUCCGCAUUGGCGUAUCAGCUCAUUGAACAUCUCACGGACGAGCGAGAUGACCGGCCCUUUUUGCAGUGGUUCUCAGAUAAUGUGUAUCUGAGUUCCCUCAACUUUACACAAAACUUUGAGUAUGCUCCGAGCCAUGUGGCAGGACGUAUUUUUGGGGUUUCCAUGGGGGUUUGGGCAUUGGUCAUCACAGCAACCUACACGGCCAAUCUGGCCUCUCUCUUUGUCGAGGAUCAAAGGCCAGCACUCGUCGUGGACUCGAUUGAUCAGGCCAUUGCUCUCGGCAUUCCCAUUUGUACCUUCAAGGGCACCAACGCCGAUUUCAUCAUCAAGAGGCGAUACGAAAAUGCGAUUCGAGUACCCAUGAAUACAGAACUGCAGGGAUACCAAGCUUUGAAGAGGGGGGAGUGCGGGUUGGUGGCGGGAUACAGGGACAAUUGGCUGGGAUUCGAGCACAACACCAAGUACAAUCCGGACUGUGAUCUCAACUGGGUUGGUCGGACCGUCGAGAUUAUCAAGUCUGGGUUUGCCGUCAAAGCAGAUGCGGGCUACAAGUGUAGUUCCCUCAUCCGAGAAGUUUUAAACAUUCACAUGACACGACUCAUCAGCGAGGGAAAAUUGGAGGAAGUUUGGGAAAAACACCGUUCCAAGACGCGGGAUCAAAAUUGCGACGUGGAGAGUUCCGACACAGGGCGUCGUCAACUUGCCGCAAAGUCGGGUCUUCGGGGAAAAAGGGAACAAUCUGCACGCAAAUUGAAAGGGGGUUCCAGUGCGGCAGCCGCGUCGGGAGGAGGGGGCAGUUCCGGUCCCAGUCGCUUAACACUCAAACAAAUGCUGGGGACCUUCUUUCUUCACUGGUUCUCAACGUUUAUUGCCAUCCUGGUUGCCUUGGGAAGCAAAUACUACCGCAAAGUGUUCGGGCUGAGUAUGGAUGUUGUUACAAGUGUUGAGAAAGUGAUGUAUCGAAAACACGGCCAACUGUUGGAAGUUCUCCGCCGUUGA